AAGGCAACAUAGCAAAAUACAAACUAAAAGUGUGUAAUCAUCAAAAAAGGGGGGAAUUGGAGGUGGGAGACAAAUGGGGAGCACGGAGGAAGAGAGUGCAGUGAAGGAGCCAUUGGACCUCAUCAGACUGAGCCUCGACGAGCGCAUCUACGUCAAGCUCCGCCACGACCGUGAACUCCGCGGCAAACUCCAUGCCUAUGAUCAGCAUCUAAACAUGAUACUUGGCGAUGUUGAAGAAGUUGUUACAACAGUGGAGAUUGAUGAUGAGACUUAUGAGGAGAUUGUCAGGACCACAAAGCGUAAUGUUCCGUUUCUCUUUGUAAGAGGAGAUGGAGUUAUCUUGGUGUCGCCACCGCUAAGGACAGCUUGAGGAAGAGGAGGAUCUUCUCUUCAUUAGUGUCGUAUUACUACUACUACUACUGUAUUGCUUGCCUUUUCAUUAUUUGUCAGUUUUAGAAUGACUGACUUGAAGCAGAUUCAGCAAUGAUCAAUGGAAUGAGAUUUGAAUUCAAGAAAAAAAAAAAUUUUAUUUUUGGUUGGAUUGUACAAUCAAAUCUUAGUUCAUCGAUUGAACCUAUGUUUGGGAAGAUGUUGAUUUGGGCCUUCUCCAUUUAACUAUUCGUUCAUCA